GUUCUGGACGCUUGUUCUCGGCCAGAUUCCCUUGCUUACUUUAACACGCUGUUCACCCUCGCUACGGAGUCGGUUGGAUUUUAUUAACCAUAUAUUCUCUUCAAUCUGGAACAUUUCUGAAUAUCUGCUGUCUUUCAAUUGAGUUCUGAAAAAAGUUGGGCGACACACCUGGCUCACCAUGGCUCUCCGCCGUCCCUUCAUCCUUCCCCAACAAGUAUUGAGAGGGGCUUCUUCUGGUAUCCGACCGGUCGCUCGCAGCUUUUUGGGAUAUUAUAGAGAUCAAACACGGGGUCUUGCGACUGUCGUUCCCCCAGUCACUCAAGAUGCCACGGGGUCUAAGGGCCCUACUGCGAUGGUCUUCUUAAACAUGGGAGGACCAUCGACGACUGAUGAAGUCCAGGACUUUCUUAGCAGACUAUUUGCUGAUGGCGAUUUAAUUCCGCUGGGACGACUACAAUCAUACAUUGGCCCGCUCAUUGCCAAGAGAAGAACGCCCAAAAUCCAGAAACAAUACGCUGAUAUUGGUGGUGGUUCGCCGAUCAGAAAAUGGUCCGAAUACCAAUGCGAAGAGAUGUGCAAGGUUUUGGACAAGGUUUCUCCGGAGACUGCACCUCAUAAGCCUUAUGUUGCCUUUCGAUAUGCGGCACCGCUGACGGAGGAUAUGUACACAAGGCUGUUGGAAGAUGGGUUUGGAAACGGAAAAGGGGGUCGCGCAGUCGCGUUCACCCAGUAUCCACAGUACUCUUGCUCGACAACGGGUAGCUCGCUCAACGAGUUGUGGAAAUGGAGGAACCGAUUGGAGGGCAAACGUGCGAACGGCAGCUUGGAUGCUCCAGGCACAGUGCAGUGGAGUGUCAUCGACCGGUGGCCGACACACCCUGGUCUAGUCGAUGCUUUCGCGAAGAACAUUGAGGAUCAACUCAAGACAUAUCCCGAAGAAAAGAGAAGCGGAGUGGUGCUGCUUUUCUCGGCCCACAGCCUGCCCAUGAGCGUUGUGAAUCGAGGUGACCCUUACCCAGCUGAGGUCGCUGCAACUGUCCACGCAGUGAUGCAGAAAUUGAACUUCAGCAACCCCUACCGGCUGUGCUGGCAAUCCCAGGUUGGCCCCUCCGCCUGGCUCGGAGCCCAAACGAGUGAUACGGUUCAGGAGUAUGUCAAGCGUGGACAGACCGACAUCGUUCUUGUGCCCAUUGCGUUCACCAGCGACCACAUUGAGACCCUCUAUGAGCUUGAUCUCGAAGUGAUGGAGGAAGCAAACAGCCCUGGCGUCAAGCGGGCAGAAAGUUUGAACGGAAACCCAAUCUUUAUCGAAGCUCUUGCCGACAUUGCAAAGCAACAUUUGCAAAAGGGGGAUAAAUGCUCGUUGCAGAUGACGUUGCGCUGUCAAGGUUGCAAGAGCGAGAGAUGUUUGGAACAAAAGAAGUUCUUCGCGGGUGAACAGGCCUCCUCUCUGGUGGUCUAAGAGUGCCUACUCAAUAACUCUACUUUGCAUUUUCUUUGUUUUAGAUCUGGGCUUCGGCUGGGCGUUCACCAUAUAUGUACUAUUAACACGAUUUAUGUACUUGAUCAUUUCAGGAACCAAACCCAUGAAAAGAAUAUGUAUUGGAUGGGCAAGGGACAAUAAUAACCAUGUAAAUAAAUCUUAACUAGGGAAUGAGUCGACAUAAUCAUAUUUUGAUGCUGAUAAAAGCACGGCAGCAAGCAUGGAGUAGUUACUCGAAACACAGACGAUACCGGCUACUUUCCUAUACCUCGGCUUAUUUUUAUUUCGUUACUUCUUUUCUAGUCUUUCAAAUUGUGUGCACAGAGCAUCGGGGAAUUU